AUGAAACACAUAAUUCUUACUAUUAUAUUAUUUCUUAUAUUCUUCAAAACUUUUGCUAUUAAAUCUUCUGUAAAUUGUGAUGAUUUUUAUUUUGAUCCUGAAGGCAUUAAAUUUCUAGCAAAUCAUCAGGUCGAAUUAACAAUAAAUGGACCACACAAAGUAGAAAGUCCUGGUAGUUUCACAUGUUGUUUGCAACAAGGGCCAAUUAUGGUUGGUAAUUAUAAGUUUUCUAUAGGUGGCACCACGAUUUAUACUGUUUUAUCUGAUUUUACAUGGGAAAAUGGAUACAAUAUGGGAAAUAUCUUAGAUGCGAAUAAUUGUUUGAGUAAAAGUUGGGGUAAAUACUUUGACUGUAAUACAAUUUAUGAAGGGCAAUAUGAAUACACGCGGGUUGACAAUUAUGAUCCCACAAAUUUUCCCUCUCCAGGAGAAACUAUUGGGUUGGAAGUUACUGUAUAUGCUCAUUGUUUUAAUCAAUGUGAAACAAUUUGCUUAAAAUCUUGUACGAUUACCGCUGGCAUUUCUUAUGAUCCUCCACCACCACCAAAAUAA